AUGAUCAAAAUAGAUGGUUUAGAUAGAGAUGAACUCUACAAUGAAUAUUGUGAAAUUAAAUUUAUACAUGAUGAAAUGAAAAAUAAAAAUGCCAAAAUAAAUGAGCAAAUAAAACUAUACAUUUCAAGUAAAAAUGGUUAUAAUCCAAAAUCAAUAAUCAAUAGUAAUCAAAUUCCAUGUGAUGCUAACGACGAUGAUAAUGAUGGUUUAUUAAAUAAUGAUGCAAGAACAAAUGAAUAUAUCCAAUCUGAUCAGCUAUGGUCAUAUUUAUUAAAUAUUAAACCGAAAACAACACCAAAUAUGGAACUAGUUAUUGCCUACGUAUUUUCUAUUCCAUGUAGCAAUGCUUUUGUUGAAUCAAUAUUCAGUCACAUGAGUCACUUAUGGUCUGAUUAUCAAAAUCGAAUGAAUAUCGAAUUGGUCGAAGCUGAACUAUAA